UGCUUUUGUUAACCUGAUAAUCUUCCGCUCAGUUGAUGUUCAGCUGGACGACGAUUCGGAAGGAAUUUACAGGCAGUCACCAGUUUUAGUCAGCAAUAGGAGGACCACAAAUAAAAUUCCAUAUUCUCAGAGCAGUGGAUAGAGUAUGAGAAGAAAACGUCGCAGGGAACAUCAACGAACGUCUUAAAAGACCCUUUGGGAAUCACAUCAAGCAAUAGUGACAAAGCAUGGCAUCGAACCAAGUCAGGUUAUCGGAACACGUGCGCGAAACUGGUGAGAGUGACAAUGACAACAUGACUGUCGGUGUUGUCGACGAGUUGAAUUCAACUAUAGCUACUACGAAAACAGAACCCGCUGAUACACGUGCUUCUAAAAAUCAAUACGUCGAAAGCAAACCAAGUUUAGGCGCGGAAUUCGUUCCGCCCGAUGGCGGCUGGGGAUGGAUAAUAGUGCUGGCAGCUGGCUGGUCUAACCUGUGUACUUUUCCAGUCUUACAACAAUUCGGGAUGUUGUUCCGGGACCGAAUGAGCGAACUGGCAAUCAGCUCGUCAGAGAUAACAUCCUUUAUCAACACGAAUGCGGCCUUGAUGUCGAUAGUUGGUCUAAUGAACGGACCAAUGUUCCGCCGCUUCAGUUUUCGGCAGGUUGCCUUCUUCGGAGCUUCUCUAGUGACCUUGGGAUUGGUUCUAACAUCGAUCUCCAAUUCGUUCAUUACAUAUAUAAUAACCUUCUCAGUAUUAUACGGAUCUGGAGUUGGUAUAACGGCAUCCGCCAACUCAUUGGCCCUCAAUACUUAUUUUAAAAAGAAACGACGGUACGCGACCGGGUUUUCCUGGACUGUUACAGCGCUUGGACCGGUUGUAGCGCCUCACAUCAUAACCUAUCUACUGCCAAAGUAUGGCGUCAACGGAACUGUACUUAUUUUCGCUGGAAUUGCAAUGAACGCUAUUGUGUGCUCCUUGUUGCUUCAGCCAGUUCAUUGGCACACCAAGCAGGCUCAGCCGGUGGACGAUGCAGAAAACUCAAAACCCGAGGACAUGGCGCUGUGUAACAGUUGUGAAGCGACUGUUGAUCCACCUCGGAAGGACCACAGUAUUCUUUCUAGUCAGUAUUUGUAUAACUCGGACGAUGUCAACGAAACAGGUUACGAAAUCAUCGAUCCCGGAACUCCAAUGCUGGCACGAGCUAACGACGGUUGGUUCUCUCAUUACGGUUCUCGCGCUACCCUUGAACCUAUGAGUCGAAUUCCUUCAUCUCGACCAUCUUAUGCUAAUCUAGCAAACGCUGUGCAAGGUACUAAAGGUGAAUUACGAAAUAGAUCGAACACUUUCAAUCGUGAAAAAGAGGUAAUAAGGCUGGCUUCUAGGAAGCUUGAACAAAUCAUUGAUCACGACACAGAGGAUCAGUGCACGUGCAAGCGAGAGCAAGAAACUUUGCUGACGAAGGAAAACGUGAUAAACGAUAAAUCAGAAGAAUCUCGGAAAAAGUUAUCAUUAUUUCAGAAGAUUGUCAUAUUUUUCGAUUUAGACUUACUCAAAGAUUCAAUUUACGUCAAUAUUAUGAUCGGAAUAACGUUAGCCAACUUUGCCGAGCUGAACUUUUCGGUGUUGACACCAUUCGUACUUGGAGACUUUGGCCUCUCCAAGGAGCAGACAGCUACGGCGAUGUCUCUACUCGGUGUGAUGGAUAUAUUCUGCAGAUUUUUCAUUCCAUUCGUUGCAGGUAAAAUCGGAUGGGACAAUCGAACAUUUUUCUUGUUUGGUGUUUUGAAUAUGGCACUGGGAAGGAUCGUGCUGGCUCACGUCCACACCUACCCGGUAAUUCUAGGAAUGGCAUGCUGGAUAGGAUUCAACAAAGGUCUUCGCACAGUGUUCAUGGCCCUUGCCAUACCUUCUCACGUACCGCUUGAUCGGUUACCGGGCGCCACCGGUAUUCACUUACUAUUCUCGGGUGUAUUUGCACUCGUCGUGGGACCAGUCGUAGGAUUUAUUCGAGAUCAAACCAAUUACACCGUCACUUUACACUGUCUGAACAUCGCCACCUUCUCCACUGCAUUGAGCUGGGGUCUAGAAAUGUAUCUCUUAACUCCGAGACGGAUCCGCAACGAGGAAAGAAAGUCAAAGCAGCAAACUACUAUUAGAUAGUAUUAUGAGAAAAAAGUAUCUCUAGUCUAGUAUUUUUUAAUAAAACUGAAACUUUAUUUGACCAGAUAA